AUGAAAACAAUUCUUGUCGAGGAGGAGAAUGAAGACAGCCGCAAAAUGGAAAUGUGUGAAAUGGAAUUAACGAAAAAACUAUCGGAAUUGCAGAAAGUGAUUGACGAUCUUGCUGGAAUGCCAUCCUCUAACAAAUCUUCACAAAAGUACAAUUACUGUACUCUACAUGAGAAUUGUUUGAUUUUACGACCGAUUUCAAUUGAUGGAGAAGAAUAUAAUGAUGCUUGUGCACCUCAGGGGAUGAAAGAACAAGCGGAUAUUAUUGAUGAAGACAGUACCCAUCAAUUGACGCUUGAGAAAAAGCUGCACAAAUUUAUGUCACUAUGGCACGAAUUUGUUCAAUCAUUCACCAAAAAACCAUUAAGUUUUUUAAAAAGUCAAGGAAUUACCACCUCUUCACUCAAACAACAAACAUUUCAUCAUCUCAAUACAAUACAUAAACAAAUAAUUGAUUAUUCACAGAAAAUUCAUCGAACCCAGGAAUCUCUUUCAUUCGCUGUCUGUACCAUUCCGUAUUAUUUAAGCUGGAUUGAACAAUCAUCAGACUUUAGGGCUCAAUUUGAAACUCAAUUUAAGGAAUUCAUCAAGAUAUGGGAAGCAAGAUACAAAGAAAUAUUGCACAACUUACGAAAUUCUCCUACAGAAAUGUAUUUAUUUGAACAUUAUUACGGCUCGUCUGUAAUCGACCAGCUGAAAAUGUCUUCGGUCUAUGACAAAGACAUUUUAACCAAACUUGAAGCUUGCUUAAAUUUGAAUUUUCAAACCCUAAGACAGCUGUCAGCUGAGCAAUUAAAAUAA